GUUAUUUUUUUCCACAAAUUCGUUGAUACUUAGUUUUGGGUUAUGAUAAAAUUGGUGUCAGUGUUUCAGUAUACAUUAAUAUUUUACGAAGUUUCAAGUUUAAAAAUUCAAUUUUACAAAUAAGUUAAUCGAUUGCUGAAAGCUGAUUAGAAAUGGAAGUGCCACGGAUAGACUUGGUGAUCUUCGGGGCGACUGGCCUCACAGGCAAGCACGCUGUCAUCCAAAUGGCGAAGCUUGCCAAGAAGUAUGACAUCGGGUCCUGGGGAGUCGCCGGCCGUUCUCGAGACAAGCUCGAAAACUUGAAAGGCGAGGUCGCCAAAAGAACUGGUGAGGAUCUAUCCCACGUGAAAGUGAUAGUAGCAGACAUAGGAGAUGUGGCAUCUCUCAACGCAAUGUGUGCUCAGACGAGGCUGGUUGUCAACUGUUGUGGGCCUUACCGCAUGUAUGGAGAGCCGGUCGUCAAGGCCGCUGUGGAGAGCAAGUGUCACUACAUCGAUGUUAGUGGAGAACCACAGUUUAUGGAGCUGAUGCAGAUUCGAUACGACGAGCGCGCGCGGGAGGCUGGCGUGUUUGUGAUCAGCGCGUGUGGCUGGGACAGCGUCCCGGCCGAUAUGGGCGUCAUCUUUCUUAAACAAAACUUCAAAGGCACAUUAAACUCAGUGGAGUCGUACCUGAGCGGGUACCUACCGCCCGAUAUCGCGGAGGAGUCGAAGGAGCGAGGCGUCAUUGGCUUUGGGACAUGGGAGUCUGUCAUUUAUGGAAUGGCAGAUCACAGCCAACUAGCGCAGCUGAAGAAAGCUUUGUUCCCGGAACCUUUGCCACAGAUGAAACCUGAGGUGAAACUCAAGAAUCUUCAAAAAAAGGACGGCAGUUGGUACCUCCCAUUCCCAGGAGCAGACGAGUCCGUGGUGUACAGGACACAGCGGUUCCUCUACCAGAACAAACAGGAACGCCCUGUUCAGUUCCAAGCAUACUUCAAGGGCGGAAGUCUUGGUCGGUCCCUCCUCACUAUCUGUAGUGGCGUGGUCAUAUUUAUGAUGGCAAAAGCAGAAUGGACGCGAAAGUACUUGUUGAACCAUCCGAAGUACUGGUCUUCAGGGUACGUGACGAAGCAAGGCCCAACAGAGAAUGUCAUGAAUAAUACGCACUUCACUUUUGAGCUGGUUGGCAAGGGUUGGGAGGAAGGCGCUAAUGUGGACACAAUGCCGCCUACAAAGACUGUUGUGGCUAAGGUAACUGGUACGAACCCUGCUUACGGUUCUGCAGUAGCGGCACUCCUCAUGUCCGCAGUCACACUCCUCAAAGAGAGACACAACAUGCCAGAAAUUGGAGGAGUUAUGACACCGGGUUCAGCGUUCAACAAUACCAAUCUAGUAACGAGACUGAACGAAACCCAGCUGAAAUACGAAAUUGUUAACUCUUAAUUUAGUUUAUUUUAUAGUAGGUAAGUGUAAUUAGAUGUCUGCUUAGAUACUUAGGUAUGUACUUAGUCAUUUUUAUUCUACUUACGAUAGGUCCAGAUUUCGAAACCAAAAUGGAUAAUUUUUAAUUAUGGUUAAAUUGGGUUCCUGCGUCUUGUGGUGGAAGAAAUCAAGGCGUAUUGAUCUUAAUACCUUCUUUGGAUAUGAUAAACAUUUAAUUUGCUUUCAGAAACUUGCAAGCAUUAAAAGUAAAUUCAAAUUGUUAA